AUGGAGAUGGAGACGAUGAAGGAGAAAGUACAGGUCUUGCCGGCGAGAGGAGCGGUGGUGCGGCGACAUUCGCCAGUGGAUUUUGGAUGUUACGCGGUUGCAACCGGAGUGGAGGCGUGGAGUCAAUCUCACACCAUUAAUGGUGAAAGUUCCGAAGCUUCAAUUCAAGCUGGGCAGCUGGAUUUAACAUGCUUUUUUCACAUUGUUCAAUUCGUUUCUCUGAUGGUGGAUGUUGAGGAUCCAAUCGUUAAUCAGCCCAUUCCCACUCCCACAACUCUAAUUGUGGGAGGUCCAUUGUAUAUUCAUCCCUCUGAUAGCGCAGGUGCAGUGUUGGUCCCUGUUGCUUUCGAUGGAACUGGAUUCAGUUCAUGGAAGAGAGGUGUUUUACGCUCCCUUUCAGUGAAAAACAAAUUAGGGUUCAUCAAUGGGGAAUGCAUGAAGCCAGCCCCAGAUUCCCCUGAUAAUCGACAAUGGGAACGUUGUGAUGCUAUGGUAACUUCCUGGAUUUUGAAUUCACUGAGCAAGGAAAUUGCAGACAGUGUUGAGUAUGUGUUCGAUUCACUGGAGUUAUGGAGUGAGCUACAGGAUCGCUAUGACCAAACCAAUGGAGCGAAGCUGUUUCAAAUCCAAAAGGAAAUUAACGAUCUCAGCCAAGGUACUCUAGACAUCACCUCUUACUAUACUAGGAUGAAAAAGCUCUGGGAGGAACUCCACACAUUGAGUGUUAAAAGUCAGUGCAACUGCCUUUGCAAUUGUGGAGCCAAGGCCACUAUGCAUAAGGCCGAACAAGAGAGGCGAUUGAUUCAGUUCCUUAUGGGUCUGAAUGAGGUCUAUACAAUCAUUCGAGAAAGUAUACUUAUGAUGAAACCACUCCCUUCCAUGGGUCAAGCAUUUGCCUUGCUCAUUCAGGAAGAGAAGCAGAGAGAGUUCAAGCCCAAUAAUCAGAUUUUCACAGCAUCUUCUUCAUUAUAUUCAAGCACUUCCAGUGGACAAUCUAGGAACAGUGGUGGUCCCUCAUCUACUAGAGGGUUCCAAACUAAUUACACACAGAGUGGCAAUGUGAGGACACGACCUUUCUGUGAGUAUUGUAAGAAGUUAGGUCACAUCAAGGACAAGUGCUACAAGCUUCAUGGAUAUCCUAAUAAAACCAAUCCUGGUCCUAAUGAUAACCAUAGGAACUCCAACUACAAAGGCUAUAAAGGAAAAGGCAUUGCUGCUAAUGUGCAUGGUGAAUUAUCUGAGUCUGAUUCGAAGGAGAGUAGUGACAAUACUCAGAUUGGUCAGAAUGGACCCUUGAGCACCUUAUCCACAGAGCAAUACCAUCACUUGGUUAGCAUGUUACAACACUUUCAAGGAGUCAACAUGAAGGGUGCAUUCCCUGAGCCACAUUCUACAAGUGGAGCUGUCAACUUCGCAGGUAUGAUAGCUUGUAACUCUUCUGUUAACUUUGAUAAACUUUCAUGUGGAUGUCUCAAAACUAAAGCUGAUCUAUGGAUCUUGGACUCAGGGGCAACACAUCACAUAACCUUUAACAAAAAUCACUUCACUAAACUCACUACAUUGCCAUAUCCCAUACUUGUCAACUUACCAAAUGGAUAUAGAGUUAAAGUAACUCAAGUUGGAACUGUGAUAUUGUCUCCCGCCCCUUCACUGAAGAGGCCUCUGGAGAUUGGUAGAGUCCAUGAUGGCUUAUACUUCCUAUGUUCACACUGUUUACAAAAGAACAGCAGCAUUGUUUCCUGUUUUCCUUCUCAUAUGUCUACUGUAAACAAUACACAAUGUCAGUGUUAUUCUCAUUCAUGUUAUCCCUCUCCUUAUGAUGUAACAAAUUCAAUUGCUGCUAAUAAAGACAGUGUUCUUGUUCCUGAUUCUUUUGUGUCUCAUAAUAGCACUGCUGUUAAUUCUGCUGUUCAUCCCUCCUCAAUGUCUCAUGAUAAUACUACUGACCUACUUUGGCAUUAUAGAUUAGGCCAUGUUCCCUUUGUUAAAAUGAAAAAGAUCACUUCAAUACCAGUUCAAUUCUCCCCAAAACAACCUUUCUUCUGUCCAAUUUGCCCCAUGGCAAGCAUUCCUAACUUUUUCUCCUCUUAUCCUGACCAAAAUAAUAUUACUACUGAUCUUCCCAUUGAUCAGUGUGGUCAGAAUAACCUUUCCAUUCCAAGUUCUACCUUGCCACAUGAUGAUCUACCUUCAUUAACUCCUACACCUCCACUUAAUUCUCCAGUUGUUGCACCUCCUGAUGAGGCUCCUGUACUAAGAAAGUCUACUAGAAGUCAUAAGGCACCAUCUUAUUUGAAUGAUUACAUCCGUCAUGUGCCAAAAGCUAGCUCACUCUCCCUCUCUUCCUCCUUUACACACAAAAAUCACAUUGCUCCUGAAGAAUUGAUACCUGAUAGUCAGUCUUUUGUGAUGAACAUAUCUCAUGAUUGUGAACCAAUGUCAUAUGAAGAGGCAGCUAUGAACCCUGCCUGGCAGACAGCUAUGACACAGGAGUUCAGUGCACUGCAUGAGAAUCACACAUGGGACCUGGUUCCCCUGCCUCAUGGUAAGAAGCCUAUUGGGUGUAAAUGGGUGUAUAAGAUCAAACAUAAGGCAGAUGGUAGCAUAGAGAGAUUAAAGGCUAGACUAGUGGUGAAAGGAUAUACACAACAUGCAGGAGUUGAUUACACUGAAACCUUUUCUCCAGUUGUCAAGAUGACAACAGUCAGGACAUUAUUAGCCACUGCAGCCAAGAAACACUGGGACAUUUUUCAGUUAGAUGUCAAUAAUGCAUUCCUUCAUGGGGAACUGCAUGAAGAAGUUUACAUGGAUGUACCACAAGGUUUGGCCGUUGGAUCUUCUGACUUAGUUUGCAAGUUAAAUAGAUCAUUGUAUGGCCUUAAACAAGCAAGCAGGCAAUGGUAUGCAAGGUUGUCCAAAAAGAAAUUAUUAUAA